AUGCUUUGGCUGAUAUUUUACAUUGAUAUCAUUUUGACAAUAUUAACAUUCUUAGGAUCAAUCUAUUACAAUAAUAGUAGUAUUUAUGAUCCGUAUUGGAGUAUAUUUCCACCAUUUGCAAUUUUACUUUUAUUUAUUGAUUACUUUUGUUCCGAUAGAUUUAUCAGUAGAAUUUACAUGAAUUAUUUAGGACAAGAUACAAGUCAACUUAGUAAUGGAUCAUUUUCUUGGGUAUUUCUGAUCAUGUUCAUGUGUUUAAAUGUUUGGGCAUACAGAUUGACAAAGAACUUUUUUACAAGACCAGAUAAUGAUGAUAGUGCUGGAAAUAUAUUAACAAAGGGACAAGAAGAUUGGCGAUAUAGAGCUUUGAGAAUUAAAUCGCUUUCGUAUCUGGGAUGGUUUGGAAUUAAGAUUGAAAAUAAUUCUAGAUGGAAUAUUCCUUAUUGGAUUAUUUCAUUCCUUGGAAUUCAUUUAUUCCCAACACUUAUUGUUUUCUUUGCAAUGAUUCCUCUCUUCGCUACCUUUUUCAAUUCAAACCAAAUUGCAGAGCACUCAAUGACAUUCGUUCAAUUAUUGUCAUUCAUUUCCAGUGCUUUAUUUUCACUAUUUUGUGUUUGGAUUUCACAUGCUGCUGACGUUACUCUCCAUAGACACUUGGCAACCAGAACAAAUAAUAGACAAGUACUUGUAGAGGGUGUUUGGGCCUACACUAGACAUGGAAAUUAUUUUGGAGAAGUUGGAUUUUGGUGGUCAAUUUUCCUCUUUGCUUGUUCUUUACAAAAUUCCCAAAUUGACCAGUCAUUUAUUUAUUUCAUUUGGGGACCAAUUCUAGUUACUUGCUUAUUUCAAUUCAUCAGUGUUCCCUGGGUAGAGAGAAAAAUGUCUGAAACCAAACCACUUUUUUCACUAUAUCAGAAACAGGUGAGCGUAAUGAUUCCUUGGUUCCACUCUAAAGAUUUUUCAAAGCAAAAAUAUUCAGAAUAA